AAAAAAAAACGCAUCAAUCUGAGCAGCACAAGUCUGCGAGAUUUGGAUUAGAUCUGAUUCAGGUUGGAUUGAUCAUCGUUCGGAGCUCCGGGAAACAUGGCGGCGACGAGACAAUUACGAACUCUCCAAUCUCAGCCUGAAAACAAGGUAUGUGUCGAUUGCGCUCAGAAGAAUCCUCAAUGGGCGUCGGUUUCGUACGGAAUCUUCAUGUGUUUGGAAUGCUCCGGGAAACACCGAGGCUUAGGCGUUCACAUAUCCUUCGUCAGAUCCGUAACCAUGGAUUCAUGGUCUGCGAUCCAGAUUAAGAAAAUGGAAGCUGGUGGUAACGAACGGCUCAACAAAUUCUUCGCGCAAUACGGAAUCGCUAAGGAGACAGAUAUUAUCUCCAAGUACAAUUCGAACGCUGCUUCUGUGUAUCGUGACCGGAUCCAAGCUUUAGCUGAAGGUAGACCAUGGAAUGAUCCGCCAGUUGUUAAGGAAGCGAAUAAGAAGCCUCCGUUGGCUCAGGGCGGUUACGGAAACAACAAUAACAAUAACAAUGGAGGAUGGGAUAGUUGGGAUAACGAUGAUUCUUACAAAUCUGAUAUGAGAAGGAAUCAGUCAGCGAAUGAUUUCAGGGCAUCGGGAAAUAGAGAAGGUGCACAUGUGAAGUCAAAGUCGUCGGAGGAUAUCUACACGCGAUCGCAGCUUGAGGCUUCUGCCGCUGGGAAAGAGAGUUUCUUCGCGAGGAGAAUGGCGGAGAAUGAGUCUAAGCCUGAAGGUCUUCCUCCUUCGCAAGGUGGCAAGUAUGUAGGAUUCGGAUCAAGCUCGGCUCCACCACCGAGAAAUAAUCAACAGGAUGAUGUUUUCUCCGUUGUUUCUCAGGGUUUUGGAAGACUGUCUCUGGUUGCUGCAUCUGCAGCUCAGUCAGCUGCUAGUGUUGUUCAAACAGGAACCAAGGAGUUCACAUCCAAGGUGAAGGAAGGUGGGUAUGAUCACAAGGUGAGUGAAACUGUAAAUGUAGUUGCUAAUAAGACAACAGAGAUAGGACAUAGGACAUGGGGAAUCAUGAAAGGAGUAAUGGCAAUGGCGACACAGAAGGUAGAAGAGUUUACUAAAGAAGGAUCAACAAGCUGGAAUCAGCAGAGUGAAAAUGAGGGCAAUGGUUACUACCAGAACUUUGGAAAUGGGAACAAAGCAGCGAAUUCAUCUGUUGGAGGAGGAAGGCCACAAUCAUCAUCGACAAGUGGUCAUUACAACAACUCGCAGAAUUCAAAUUCUUGGGAUAGUUGGGGAGAGAAUGAGAAUAAGAAGACAGAAGCAGUAGCUCCAAAGGGGUCAUCUGCUUCUAAUGAUGAUGAUGGUUGGACUGGUUGGGAUGAUCAUGAUGCCAAAGAUGAUGGGUUCGAUGGUCAUUACCAAAGUGCAGGCGAUAAGAAAUCUGCUGGUCACAACGGGAAAUCAGACACCGCUUGGACUGGUGGAGGUUUUCUCUAAGGGUAAGCAACCUUUAAGGUCAUGUAGCUUUAACAGUUAAAUAUAGCAGUAACGUUAUAUUCAUCUUUCUUCGGAUAGGUGAUUCAGAAUGCCGGUGAGAAGUGUAUAAUUAAUUAAGGCUGGGACCAUCGUGGUCUGAAUAGAAGAUAAGAAUGGUCUUCAUCUUAAAACCAUGUUCAUCCAUACCCACAGGUCUGCGUUUUUCUUCAUAAGUUGGCGGUUUCUUGAUAUCUUUUCUUCAUGUGUUAAGGAGUAACGUAUUUGUACAAGAUCCAUAGCCGAUUGUUUGCUAAAGAUUUUCGGUUUUAGUCUUUCACAAUUUAAAUUUAUCUUCAACUGUAACCACAACUGAACAUUCUUUUUCUCAAAAUUGCCUUGUUCCGUUGUUCGUAGCGUGAUAAUGUUUUGGUUCUCGAAACGCAUAAAUUAUCUUGUUUUGGCACUAUUCUAUAAAGGGUAAAAGUAUAUAGUAGGUUCAAAGAAUGUUUUGGUGUGA